AUGGCAAAAUCUAUACCUGCCGUCAGAUUAACGGUCUGGUUCAGAGAAAUUUUCAUGGCCGUGGAGGCCCUGGUAAGAGUGACGGAGCGAUACACUGAAUUGAGAUUUAGGGAGAUAAGGAAGCAAAGGCAAGAGCGGUGGAGAGGCGCGCUCGUAAUGCGUGUAGCGAUAAUUGAUUCCAACGGCUUCCCGAGGAUCAAGGUAGAACGGUCAGGGAUCGCUCAGGGAUUGUUCAGGACACGUACUUUGGUGCUUACCCCACGCUCCGGGCUGCUCUGGGAGUAG